UCCAGGCUGCCAGCCUCUCUCCGUCCUGCUGCCGCGCGGAGUCCCGUCUUCAGCCUCCGAGCCGCCGGUUCUCCCCUCAGGACUCCAGAGGAUCCAUCAGUCUGUUUUUGGUGGCGGAGGGGAGGAGGAGGGGAGGGGGAGAAAACCACGACAGACACACACACUUCUUCUUUCUCCACCUGCCCUUUAAAAGACAGAAUGGAGAAAAUGGCCAGAGCUCUCGCCAUGAACCCGUCGUUCGCGCCGCCGCCUCACGGCGUGCUGAAGUCGCUGCUGGAGAACCCGCUGAAGCUGCCUUUCCACCACGAUGACGGCUUCGGGAAGGCCCAGGAGAAGGAGAAGAAGCUGGAGGACGACGGCCGCGAGGCGAGCCACCCCCAGUCGGCGUUCCUCGGCCCGACGCUGUGGGACAAGACGCUGGCGUACGACGGGGACAGCUUCCAGCUGGAGUACAUGGACCUGGAGGAGUUCCUAUCGGAGAACGGCAUCCCGGCUAGCACGGCGGCGCCGGGCGAGCAGGCCCGCCGGGGCCCGCAGGCCACGACCCCCGCCGCCGCCGCCGGCACGCCCACCGCGGCUGAUCUUGGCGGGCGCCGUGCAGCGGGCAUGGCGCCUCAGACCUGCCUCCGCAGCCCCGGAACAGCAGCGCCGGCCUCGGCCCGCGACUCCCCUCCCCCCAUCGACCUCGAGUUCAUCCAGGUGCCCCUGGUCUACGAGCCAGACCCCCAGGACCUGGCCCUGUCCAGCGUGCCGGGCCAGGAGAUGUUCGACCCCAGGAAGUGCAAGUUCUCCGCCGAGGAGCUGAAGCCGCAGCCCAUGAUCAAGAAGGCCCGCAAGGUGUUCAUCCCCGAGGACCUGAAGGACGACCGGUACUGGGUGCGGCGCCGGAAGAACAACGUGGCGGCCAAGAGGUCACGUGACGCCCGGCGGCUGAAGGAGAACCAGAUCGCCAUCCGGGCGAGCUUCCUGGAGAAGGAGAACGCCGCGCUGCGCUCCGAGGUGGCGGAGAUGAGGAAGGAGCUCGGCCGCUGAAAGAACUUUGUGGCCAACCCUAACCCUAACCCUAACCCUAACCCUGACCACGCCCCUUUUACCCCUCCCGUUUGAUGGACAAGUGUCCCGGUACCCCCCCCCCCCCUUCUACAUACAUGUAUAUGAUUUGAGUUCUAUCCUGUUUAUUUUGUUCUGUGUACAACUAAAAUACAUAUAUAUAGAUAUAUAUCUAUAUAUAUGUGUAUUAUAUAUAUAUAGUUGUGAACCCCCCCCCCCCAGGUGAAUUGAUGCCAUGCUGUGUGUUCAUUCACACGUGAGAUCAGCACCGUCAACGGCCGUUUCCCCUUUUGUUUCUUCUUCUGUGGUUUCAUCAUGUGACUUGUCCAAGAGCCCCCCCCCCUCAUAGCCCCCCCCUUCAUAGCACUUCAAAUAUAAUAUAUAUAUAUUUAUUUCUCCUGUGUAAUCGUGACUUAUUAUUAUUAUAUAUAUAUACUUUUUUUUCUCUUCAUGAACUGGACAUUGACCAACGAUCCACAACUAAACUCAUACAAUGACCUAUCUGCCCCCCCCCCACCAUUGAAUUAACUUUAUUGAUCUUCACAAUCUUAAGUUUUACACACAAACAAAUUUCCUCCGCCUCAUAUUUAUCGACCUUUUUAUUUCUCAGA